AUGGGCUCCGUCUCCUCGGCGCUGGCGCGGUCCCGCAACGCUGUGGUGCAGUUGGGCUCGUCGCCUCCACAGCCCGAGGCGCCACCGGCAGCUCCCGCUGCCCGGAAAGACCCUUUCGCGCUCCCCAAGACGCGGAGGCUUGGACCAGGAUGUGCAGAGACCGCCCCCCGGACCGCAGCCUGGGAGGCUCAGCCGGUAGUGCCGAGCCGGGCAGCGCGCGCCCGGUUAGCGAGUCCGGAACUGUCCCCGGUGCUGAAGAGCGAGGCUAGUAUGUCUCAGCCCCGCUUGUCCCGAAGCCCCAGCGCCGCGGUUGCAAAUGAAGCCGGAGAUAAGACUGCCAGACCACUUGCCCGCUUCUCCCGGUCUAAGUCGCAGAACUGUCUGUGGAACUCCCUCAUCGACGGGCUCACAGAGAAUGUCAAGGAGAAGCCACGGCCAAUGAUUGUCCAUGACCCCCGGCCACCGGAGGAAAUCCUGGCUGAUGAGUUGCCUCAGCUAGAUAGCCCGGAAGCACUGGUGAAAACGUCCUUCAGGUUACGAUCUUUGGUCAAACAGUUAGAGAGAGGGGAGGCUUCAGUGGUAGAUCUUAAGAAGAAUUUGGAAUAUGCAGCCACAGUGCUUGAAUCCGUAUACAUUGAUGAAACCAGGCGACUCCUGGAUACAGAGGACGAGCUCAGUGACAUUCAGUCAGAUGCGGUGCCUUCUGAGGUCCGAGACUGGCUGGCCUCCACCUUCACGCGACAGAUGGGGAUGAUGCUCAGAAGGAGCGAGGAGAAGCCAAGAUUCAAGAGCAUCGUCCACGCAGUGCAAGCUGGGAUAUUUGUGGAGAGAAUGUAUAGACGGACAUCAAACAUGGUUGGACUGAGCUACCCACCAGCUGUUAUUGAAGCAUUAAAGGAUGUGGACAAGUGGUCCUUUGAUGUCUUUUCACUCAAUGAAGCCAGUGGGGAUCAUGCACUGAAAUUCAUUUUCUAUGAAUUACUCACACGCUAUGAUCUGAUCAGCCGUUUCAAGAUCCCCAUUUCUGCACUUGUGUCAUUUGUGGAGGCCCUGGAAGUGGGAUACAGCAAGCACAAAAAUCCUUACCACAAUUUGAUGCAUGCUGCCGAUGUUACACAGACUGUACAUUACCUCCUCUAUAAGACAGGAGUAGCAAACUGGCUGACGGAGCUGGAGAUCUUUGCUAUAAUCUUCUCAGCUGCCAUCCAUGACUAUGAGCACACUGGAACCACCAACAAUUUCCACAUUCAGACCCGGUCUGACCCAGCGAUUCUGUACAAUGAUAGAUCUGUUUUGGAAAAUCACCAUUUAAGUGCAACCUAUCGCCUUCUGCAGGAGGAUGAGGAAAUGAAUAUUUUGAUAAACCUCUCGAAGGAUGACUGGAGGGAGUUUCGGACCUUGGUAAUUGAGAUGGUGAUGGCCACGGAUAUGUCCUGUCAUUUCCAACAAAUCAAAGCAAUGAAGACUGCUCUGCAGCAGCCAGAAGCAAUCGAAAAGCCUAAAGCAUUAUCGCUGAUGUUGCACACGGCAGACAUUAGCCAUCCAGCAAAAGCCUGGGAGCUCCACCAUCGCUGGACAAUGUCACUCCUGGAGGAGUUCUUCAGACAGGGUGAUAGAGAAGCAGAGCUGGGGCUGCCCUUUUCUCCUCUGUGUGACAGAAAGUCCACCAUGGUUGCUCAGUCGCAAGUAGGCUUCAUUGAUUUCAUUGUGGAACCCACCUUCACUGUGCUCACGGACAUGACAGAAAAGAUCGUGAGUCCACUAAUUGAUGAAACCUCUCAAACUGGUGGGACAGGACAGAGGCGUUCAAGUUUGAACAACAUCAGUUCAGCAGAUGCAAAGCGACCAGGUGUCAAGAGCUCUGGCUCAGAAGGAAGUGCCCCAAUCAACAAUUCUGUCAUCCCCGUUGACUAUAAGAGUUUUAAAGCCACUUGGACUGAGGUGGUGCACAUCAAUCGGGAGAGAUGGAGGGCCAAGGUCCCCAAAGAGGAGAAGGCCAAGAAGGAAGCAGAAGAAGAGGCUCGCCUGGCCGCAGAGGAGAAGCAAAAGGAAAUGGAAGCCAAGGGCCAGGCUGAAGAAGGUGCAUCUGGCAAAGCGGAGAAGAAGGCAUCUGGGGAAGGCAAGAGUCAAGGCAAUGGGACGCGAACAAACAAAAGCGACAACCCUCGUGGGAAAAAUUCCAAAGCUGAGAAGUCAUCAGGAGAAAAGCAACAGAAUGGUGACUUGAAAGAUGGUAAAAAUAAGACAGACAAGAAGGAUCAAUCCAAUGUCGGAAAUGAUUCAAAGAAAACAGAUGGCACAAAGAAGCGUUCUCAUGGCUCACCAGCCCCAAGUACUAGCUCCACGAGUCGCCUUACCUUGCCAGGGGACUACGGAUAAAACAUCCAUCCAGAGGAUUCCUCAGAAGAGAACUGACCAGCCCUGAGGCUUCUUCUGGCAGAGGUCAUUGUUGAUGUGAGCAAAGGACAGCAACUGAUUUGGCCUUACACUUCCCAUCUUCAGAUGCAC